GGCGCGGGAGCGCGCACCGGCAGGAGGGCGGAGCGGCUGCGAGGGGCGGCUGGAGGCCGGCUGCUGAGAGCGUAGAGCGGGCCACCUGCGGGGCUGGCUGGCUUUCUCUUUCUGCCGACCCAUCCCCGUCCCUCCCCCCCGUCCCUCCCGCAACCAGUUGGAGUUCGGGAGCGCGCUGCCUAGCGCGCACACCGGCUCGCAUCCACACACGCCAGAGCGCGCGAUCAUCAGUGCUGCAGCCCCGGCAGGGCACACGGAGCGGCUGCAGUUUCCCCAGGGUCCAGGGGGAAAGCAGAGCCGCCUUGCCUCGCAGAGAGCCUGGUGCCCGCCGGCCCCCUAGGGUAUUAAGCCCAGCAGACUGCUCCCUUCCAUCGGAUGUUGUGUGAGUGAACGUGAAGACUUCGGAAAUGCACUGGAAUGCUUGUGGAUUCUUCUGAAACCUUCUAAGCCUGACUCUGAGGACCCAGCUGGACGAUGCCGUCUGAACACUGCCUCAGGAUUCAAGAAAUGCUGACGGGCCAGAGGCUCUGCCACUCAGAAUCUCACAAUGACACUGUCCUCGCAGCCCUGAAUCAGCAAAGAAGUGAUGGCAUUCUCUGCGAUGUGACCCUGAUCGCUGAGGAACAGAAAUUCCACGCUCACAAGGCAGUCCUAGCGGCCUGCAGUGACUAUUUCCGGGCAAUGUUCAGUCUUUGUAUGGUGGAAAGUGGAGCCGAUGAAGUAAAUUUACAUGGCGUGACCAGCCUGGGCUUAAAGCAGGCUCUGGAGUUUGCAUACACAGGACAGAUUUUGUUGGAGCCAGGAGUGAUCCAGGAUGUGCUAGCAGCUGGCAGUCAUCUACAGCUGUUGGAACUUCUCAAUUUGUGUUCCCACUAUCUCAUCCAGGAACUAAAUAGCUUUAAUUACUUGGAUCUGUACAGACUUGCUGACCUCUUUCACCUCACUUUGUUGGAAAAGGCAGUGAUUGAUUUCCUUGUGAAGCAUCUCUCAGAGCUCCUGAAGAGCCGCCCAGAGGAUGUUCUUAUGCUGCCCUACUGCCUGCUUCAGGAGGUGCUGAAGAGUGACCGCCUGACCUCCCUGAGUGAGGAACAGAUCUGGCAGCUAGCUGUGAGGUGGCUGGAGCACAACUGCCAUUACCAGCAUCUGGACGAGCUCCUGCAGUACAUCCGCUUUGGCCUAAUGGAUGUGGAUACGCUCCACACGGUUGCCCUAUCCCACCCCCUGGUCCAGGCAAGCGAGACGGCAACAGCCCUUGUCAACGAGGCCCUGGAAUACCACCAAAGCAUCUAUGCACAGCCCGUGUGGCAGACCCGCAGGACAAAACCGCGAUUCCAGUCAGAUACUCUCUAUAUUAUUGGUGGGAAAAAGCGUGAGGUUUGCAAAGUCAAGGAACUUCGGUACUUCAAUCCUGUGGACCAGGAGAAUGCUCUCAUAGCCGCCAUUGCCAACUGGAGUGAGCUGGCUCCCAUGCCGGUGGGAAGGAGCCAUCACUGUGUGGCAGUCAUGGGGGACUUCUUGUUUGUAGCAGGAGGGGAAGUGGAACAUGCCAGUGGCCGGACAUGUGCCGUGAGGACUGCCUGUCGCUACGACCCCCGCAGUAAUUCCUGGGCGGAGAUAGCACCCAUGAAAAACUGCCGGGAACAUUUUGUGCUGGGUGCCAUGGAUGAAUACCUCUAUGCAGUAGGGGGCAGAAACGAACUGCGCCAAGUUCUACCUACAGUUGAACGAUACUGCCCCAAGAAGAACAAGUGGACUUUUGUGCAGCCCUUUGACAGAUCCCUCUCGUGUCACGCUGGAUAUGUGGCUGAUGGUCUUCUUUGGAUAUCAGGUGGAGUGACAAACACAGCACAGUAUCAGAACAGACUGAUGGUAUAUGAACCUAACCAGAAUAAGUGGAUAAGUCGAAGCCCCAUGCUACAGAGAAGGGUCUACCACUCCAUGGCUGCUGUCCAGAGGAAGCUUUAUGUUCUUGGAGGCAAUGAUCUAGAUUACAAUAAUGACCGGAUCCUUGUACGUCACAUAGACUCUUACAACAUUGACACUGAUCAGUGGACACGCUGUAAUUUCAACCUGUUGACUGGCCAGAAUGAAUCUGGAGUUGCUGUCCAUAAUGGGAGAAUAUAUUUAGUUGGUGGAUAUUCAAUUUGGACAAAUGAGCCUCUGGCUUGUAUCCAGGUAUUGGAUGUAAGCAGAGAAGGCAAAGAGGAGGUGUUCUACGGACCUACACUUCCCUUUGCUUCGAAUGGAAUAGCAGCAUGUUUCCUUCCGGCUCCGUAUUUCACGUGCCCCAACCUUCAGACUCUGCAAGUGCCUCACCACCGGAUCGGCACUGUCUGAUGAGCCAGCACUCUGUUAGACAGCACCAACAAAAGACUGAAUGAGACAGAGCACGAACAUCCCCAGUGCUCAAUGCUUCCCUGUCUUUUCUUAUAGGUCUAAAAUUGUGCUAAAUACUAGCAAAAAAUGAAUAAUUUUCUAAAACAUAUUAUGGA